AUGAGCAAAGAAAAUAUCGUUUCUAUACAGUCUCAAGUAUUUGAUGGAUUUUGUGGAAACAAUAUUGCUUCUUUUGUGUUAAGACGAAGAGGACAUAUACCAAAAAUUCUGAACACCGUUCAUUACUAUUCAAAGUACAAACACAUAGGUGAUGAAACAAAACACGAGGAAUUAAACAAAAUUUUAUCCGAAUUUAUCAAAGAUAAUGUGUCAAGUUUAGAUUGUAACAACAUAUAUUUCUUAACAGGAUACAUUAAUACGAAAGAGUGCGUUGAGGUGGUACUCAAAAAUAUUAUAGCUUUGAAAAAGGAAAAGGAAAAAAAAUAUAUCAACCUGAACAGUGCAGGGGUGACAGGAGCAUCAACUGCGGAAACAGUAGCAAAAAUGGCAGCAACAACGACAGCAACAACGACAGCAACAACGACAGCAGCAACGAAAGAGAAAGAUGAAAAAUGCCAAACAAAAGAAGACGAAUACUUAAUUGAAGAUAUAAUAGAAGUUAAUUUUUUUUGGUUAUGUGAUCCCGUAAUGGCAGAUUAUGGAAAGCUAUAUGUCCACAAGGACGUUGUUGAUGUUUAUAAAAAGUAUGCCUCAUUUGCAGAUAUAAUUACGCCAAAUCAGAAUGAGUUAGAAUUACUAUGUGAUACAAAAAUAAAUAAUGAAAAUGAUACAAUAAAAGGCUUAACACUGUUACUAAAUAGUGGAGUUAAACUUGUCAUAGUAACUUCUGUUCAGUAUAAUUUUGAUAUGGAUCAUUUAUAUUUGUACGUCGGUUUUUUAAGUAAGAAAAAAGAAUUAACCUAUUUUAAGUAUAAAAUAUACAGAUAUGACUAUUGCGUGAGCGGUUCAGGUGAUUUGUUCUCUUCACUGUUACUAUCAUUCAUUAUUAGGGGUGGAGGAAAUAUUCUUCACAUUAUUUCCAAAGUUUUAAAUAUUCUGCAUUGUGUUAUAAAGAACAGCUUAAAUUCGUUGGAGUUGCACAUAAUAGAAAAUCAAGAUAUAAUUGCAAGUGACGGGUUAUGCGGUACUAUGCAUAAGGAGGAGCCUGUUUUUUUAUUAUAA